AUGGUUGCUGGUGGCUUGUUUGUAUGUGUGGGGGAGGGAGGGCUGCUAAAAGCAGAGAACUUGAUUGACCAUGUCUCACAUUGCCAAGUAGGGUCUUGCCCAGGUGUAAACAGGUAUGAAUUAGAACAUGUAAUUGCAUGCAGCUUGCUCUCAAAUGAGAGGUAAUUCCUUUUGUGCUGAGGUGGAUAAAAUCUCACUGCACAUAGCCUACUACUUCAGUGCCCUCAAGAAUUCUGUGGUGUACGAACCUCCUCUCCAAGAAAAGCAAAUUCAGAGAAGACUCACCACUCAGCAGGCCUUGGAAAUUAUCCUGAGUGAAGUAAACACUUGUGACUCAGAUGGAGAAGACAUAGAACUUCAGCCGGAUUCAGACUCAGAGCUGUCUGAUCUGUCUUCAGGUUAAGUUUCAGAUGAGGAGACUGCUCCUCAACCAAAAAAAGAGAGCCCGUUUGGGGACUGACCUGACAGAGACGGCGAAAGAAGGCAAAGCGUGGCAUGAAGAACAGGUGGGGACGUGUCUCCCUUUCACCCCAAUCAAAGCGUACGCUGCUGAUGGAGAGCUAACGGCUAAGGCCAGGAAAAGUAUCUCGAGUUGCCUUCAGUGCUUCCUGCGUUUCAUCACUCUUGACAUGCUUCAUAUCAUUCAAGAAUGGACUAUUCAACAUGCACAGGAAACGGAGCAUGUUCAUUGGUUCAUGGCCCUCCCUGAACUAAUGGCAUUUAUUGCAAUUGUCAUCUUGCGGGGGCUUACCAAGGUUCCAUAACUAUGUGACUGCUGGUCAGCAAACCUGGGAAACCCACAUAUCAUUGGAACAAUGCCGCGAAACCGCUUCCAAGACAUCAUGCGACACCUACGCUUUGAUGACAGGUCCAACCAGAGUGAUCGAGCAAAGACUGAAAAGUUUGCUGCAAUUUCCAGUGUGUGGGGAUCAUUUGUCACCAAUUGCAUCACGUCCUACAACCCUGGUCUACAUAUCACCGUUGAUGUACAGCUUUUCCCGUCAAAGACUCGCUGCCAUUUCCUGCAGUAUAUUGCAACUAAACCUGACAAGUUUGGGAUCAAGUUUUGGGUGGCUUACGACCUAAAAUCCAAGUACAUUUGUAAUGUCCUCCCAUAUCUUGGCAAGGACGCUAGUCGUCCCAGUGGAGUGAGACCGUCUGAAAAUGUAGUGAUGAGGCUGAUGGAACCAUUCCUAGACAAGGGCCGAAAUGUUACCAUGGACAAUUUCUUCACAUCGCUGUCACUUGCGCAUAAACUUCUUAGCCAGAAAACCACCAUCCUCGGCACAGUCAACAAGAUUUGCCGGGAAAUCCCUCAAUCCGCUAGACACACAGAUCGCAAUGAAUUCACCACUCAGGUGUUUUCAACCACUGCUGCUAUGCUGACGGCGUAUGCGCCCAAACGGAAGAAGACAGUCUACAUUCUUAGCAGCAUUCACAGCAUGAUUCAGACUGAUAAUACCACCAAAAGGAAGCCAAACACUGUCACCCUUUACAACACCACAAAGUGCGGCGUGGAUGUGAUGGACCAGAUGGUGCGGGAGUACACUGUCCGCACAGGGACACGGCGCUGGCCAGUUGCCGUGUUCUUUUUUUUUUUUUUAUUAUUAUUAAACAUAAGGUGAGGCCAAACAAGUUUGGAGGAACGCUGCUCACCCCGCUCUCCAGAACAGGCACAAGGAUUUAUCAUGGAUGGUGGCUAAUGAGAUCCUCCGGGUCAGGGUGGUUAUGCACUCCAGAGGCAAAAAAACCCCAUCUGCCCUCGGUCUGGCUGCAAUUCCCCAGAGACCGUCCACCACCUGCUCUGGGAGUGUGGCACUGUGCGGGACCUCUCGGCCAAGACCGGCCCCCUGUAUUUCCCGUGCCUACCAGCGGGUGGGGCCUAGUACGGGUACCAGCUCGCAGUGGGCUGGGGCUUGAAGGACUUGAUGGCACAGGAAUUCACCUUGCUUUGGCUCACCCUCAACGUUCUCAAGGAUGCCAUCUGGGCAACCAGAAACCUGCUGGUGGGGAAGCGCAUUACUGUAACCCUCCAUGCAUGUGAGCUAAAGGUAACAUCAAUGCUGCAGGGGUACCGGACGACGAUAUUCAGAAGGGGGGACCGGUUUCACACAGAUAGGUUCCCGGCAGACACUGAACCUGGCCGCCCGUAGAUUCACCCUCACCACUCUGGCCAUGUGAACAGUGGGCCAGCAUGCCGGAGGAAUGGGGAUCUCCGCUAAGCCCAUAAAGUGGCAUCUCAUGUGUGUGAAAAAUGUGUGUGAAAAAAUAAAAAUGAAAAU